AUGCGAAAAACUGGAAAGAUUCGGUCUUUCGCCGCUCAUGGUGGGCCGAAGAAGAAAAAGGCGCCAGGAAAGACAGCAAAAUCAUCAGCCAAAGCGAAGCCCGUGGGGACCAUAACCGGACAAACAAAUGUGGCCAAGUACAAAAAGUUCAUUUCUGCCGACAGCCAGGGGAGAAUGACAAUCGACCAAAGCAAAUUGGCAGCCGCAGCAAAAGUAGGGGCCGCAGUAGGAAAAGCAAAGACCAAAGCGAAACUGAAAUCUGCGGGAGGCGCAAACUCAAACGAGGCCUGGAGGAAUGACCCAAAUGAUAGCCGAAACAACGAGGACCAUCAGAAAAUGGAUCCCCGACUGGUGGAAGAGCAAAACCGUCUUCGUAACGCGCCGGCGACACCUCCUCCUGCUCCAGUCAUGCACUAUCCAAUUAUGCCUCAAAAUCUUCAACAGCAAAACGCCAUGCAGCAACAUUAUAAUCAACAAAUGCACGCAGAACAGUUCGAACCCUUCAACCCUCCCGCUUAUCCCGAUUACAUGGCGUAUGAAGCUGGAGAAGUCGUCCAGAUUCCCCUUAGCCGCGGCGUUGGCGACUGGAAGAAACCAAAUCAAGCUUCGCUCGGAGUCUUAACGCCAGAAGAUCUUGGCGGCUCUGCGACAUCUCCUCCGGGGAAUAAUGAUGGAGUCUUAACAUUCUUUUCUACUCUGUCGACGAAAGAAAUGAUUGCCUUAGCCUGUGGAGGGGCAGGAUUCUUUCUUUUUAUCGUGGUGAUAGUAAUUAUUAUCUUCAAAGUCAGAAAGCGAAAUCAGAAGCGCACGAAGAAGCAGAAAGAAGCUGAUCGAGCAGCCUGGGUAUCCCGUGAGCAAUCAGCAACAUCGGAGCCACCAGCUGGCUACCAACCAUACCGAACCCUUCCUAAUGCAGAAAAGGACGCAGAUCACAUUGCCCGCAUUCAAGCGCGCAAUCUGCCACCUCCGCCAGCACUGAGCUUCACUCAGUCUGCUGGAGUCACGGGUACCACCACUGCCUCCGGCAGCUUUAUGACAGACGAUCGACCUUCGACAAGGCAUCGUGAUUGGUAA